UGCUUAAGACAGCCCUGCUUGUGUGUAACCUGUUUCUCUUCCUCUCACUGCAAUCCUCUUCUGGUUCUGGAAGACAGUGGAAUAGGAGGAGAAGGUGUAGAAGCCCUUGACUCUCCACCAGCCAGACCUCUCUCUCUCUGCUCCUGCACCUGUGCUUCACUCUCCAAGCCAGCAGCUUCUCCUGCCUCCACCUCUUGUCUCCUGGCUGUUACAGGUUCUCCCAGAUCACUGCUCCCUUCUCCCAACCCUGCUUCUUCCAUCGCCCACUCAUCAUACUGGCAGGGAAUCUUCUGGACCACUUGUGUCAGCCACCCCCUUUCCUGUAUCUCUGCCAAUUGCUUCCAAAUUUCUACCUUCUGCAUUUCAGCUGCAUCCUGUUCCUGGUUUCCAGCGAUUCAGGUUCAAUGCCAAAUAAUCCAAUUAAGACGCUUUCAGAAAAGUCCCUGGUGGGCUGAAUAUAUUUGUGACAUCCAGCCUACGUUCAAAGGGGCCUGAGAAAGACAGUCUGACUGGAGUCGCACAUGGAAGGUUGUAUAUUAUCUGAUGCUCGUCUGAGAUCUUUAGUCUCAUAGGGGCAGCCAGCAAAAUUAGUUCAGAAUCUGAAGUAGGCUGGGAGCUUGGAAUCUGGUCCGGUAGACUUGGGCAGCUCCAAGGGACCCUGCUAAUGUAGCUGCUGGGUAUGUUGUCUCUGCAGGGAACUAUAUCAUGUCUAAGUAGUCCUGGAAAAUGGUACCCACUUAAGCUGUUAUGGCUGUGAGCAUCGCAGGAUGCUUCAAGGGAACAGUUUAAGGAAAUUAUUAUUUAUUGCAGAAAGCGUCCAGAGCAGGCUGCAUCGUUUGAUGAUGAUUUUUGUGUGCCUAAUGCAGUAGGCUUUUCCGUGGGAAAGCGAUGCCUUGAUGAAUGUGUGCUACGAGACGUGUCGUCUUUUUCCUUUGCUGCAACAGACCAAGAGCACCACAGCUGCUCCCUUGGACGUGAAGGAGGAGAUCAAGCAUCGCUGCUACUGUGCUACAGGCUUUGGUGCACUGUACCUUUAAGAUUAUGUCUGUGUUUCCAGCUUUCUGGUCUUUCCCAGACUCAGGAGUGCCAGAUGCCACCAAGAGGGGAAAUAAGGGAGUCCACUUCAAGAUCCGUCAGCUUCUCCUUCUGCUUUGAGAUACGUGGUGGUACCCAAUGCUUUCCCCCCAUGUUCUCGAGAUCUGAUUGUUGCUGCUGCCUUUCAAAACCCUGAGUUUUGAAGCACCCAGAAACUCCUGAGAUGUCAUCUGGAGGUGCUUCUUCAGCAAAGUCCUGCAAGAGGUCGAAAACGGUGAAGCGCCAUGCCAGCAUCUACACCUACCAGGAGCCACCCCACAGCAACUCAGAUGAAGAUAAUGGGGAUGAGAAGGUUGACAGCAGUGACCCAGAACAGAUCUUCCAGAAUAUACAGUUUCAGAAGGAGAUCAUGGCCAACAUCCGUUGCAGACCCUGGCCCAUGAGGCAGAAACUCAGGGCGUUAAGACAAGCCAAAGAGAUUGUACUGAAGUACGAAGGUCGGCUGACUCGAACGAGAGGCUACCAGGCAGCCGGAGCUGAGCUGUGGCGAAAAUUUAUUCGGCUUGCAUAUAACUUUGUGGUCAUCUUUAUUCCCUGGGAAAUGAGAAUUAAGAAAAUAGAAAGUCACUUUGGCUCUGGAGUCGCCUCUUACUUUAUUUUUUUGAGAUGGCUAUUUGGAAUCAAUAUUGUUCUCACCAUCAUGACAGGAACAUUUGUUGUUUUACCAGAGAUCCUGGCUGGAGAGCCCUUUGGAAGCACUCCAAGCAAGAGCAUCCCUGCUGGGCAAGAAGAAUCUGCACAAGAUCUCGAUACAAUCUGGUCUUUGGGGGGCUACCUCCAGUACUCGGUUUUAUUCUACGGCUACUACGGACAGGCGAGGAAGAUUGGGACAGCAGGCUACCGGCUGCCCCUUGCUUACUUCCUCGUCGGAAUGGCCGUCUUUGCUUACAGCUUCAUCAUCCUCUUAAAGAAGAUGGCUAAAAAUUCAAGAAUGAGCCUAGCAAGCGCUUCUGAUGAAAAUUACACAUUUUGUUGGCGUGUCUUCUGUGCCUGGGAUUAUCUCAUUGGCAACCCUGAGGCUGCAGAGAGCAAAUCAGCUGCCAUAGUUAACAGCAUCAGGGAAGCCAUACUAGAAGAACAGGAAAAGAAGAAAAGCACAAACAUGGCCGUGACCAUAAGCUUAAGGAUCAUCGCCAACAUCCUUGUUCUCCUCUCACUCGCCGGAAGCAUUUACAUCAUUUACUUCGUAGUGGAUCGAUCCCAGAAAUUAGAGCGCACGAAAAAGGAGCUAACACUCUGGGAAAAGAAUGAGGUAAGUGUUGUUGUCUCCCUCAUCACAAUGCUCGCUCCUUCUGCCUUCGAAUUGGUUGCUGCACUAGAGAUGUACCACCCUCGAACAACCCUACGCUUUCAGCUUGCCAGAGUUCUUGUCUUGUAUCUGGGAAAUCUAUACAGUUUGAUCAUUGCACUUCUGGACAAAGUGGACAGCAUGAGCAUCGCUGAAUCUGAAGUUCACAACAAUGGAAGCACCACCACAGUGGUUGCCACCACCACCACCACCUCAGCUACUAAACUUAUUAGAGAAGACAACUUUUCAACAAUCAUUCCCAGUAUGCACAUUAUGAGGACCAGCACCUUUCUUCUGGUUGACAACCACACUCAAAGCUAUGCUCUACCCAUCAGCAUGGUGACCAACAAGACAGCAUCUUAUGAAUCCAACACUCAAAGCCACCAAGAUCAAUGCUGGGAGACCUAUGUUGGGCAAGAAAUGUUGAAGCUGUCGAUUAUUGACAUGCUCUUCACCGUGGCGAGCAUCCUGUUGAUUGACUUCUUCCGUGGGCUAUUUGUCCGAUACUUAAGUGACUGUUGGUGCUGGGAUCUGGAAAGCAAAUUUCCAGAAUAUGGAGAAUUCAAAAUAGCAGAAAAUGUCCUGCAUUUGGUCUACAAUCAAGGGAUGAUUUGGAUGGGAGCCUUCUUUUCGCCCUGCCUCCCAGCGUUCAACGUUCUCAAGCUGAUAGGGCUCAUGUACCUGCGGAGCUGGGCUGUGCUAACUUGCAAUGUCCCCCAUCAGCAAGUCUUCAGAGCCUCAAGAUCUAAUAACUUCUACCUGGCUAUGCUGCUCUUCAUGCUGUUUUUGUGUAUGCUUCCCACCAUAUUUGCGAUUGCCCGCUAUAAGCCAUCCCUCACCUGUGGGCCAUUUAGCGGACAAGAAAAAAUAUAUGACAUUGUGUCCGAAACCAUUCAAGCUGACUUUCCUGUCUGGUUCCACAAGAUGAUGAUUUAUGUGAGCAGCCCUGUAGUUGUCCUCCCGGCUUUAUUGCUUCUCUUCAUGCUAAUUUAUUAUCUGCAGAGUAUUGCUAGGUCGUUAAAAUUCACUAACAAUCAACUGAGGAUGCAGAUCCAGAAUGAAAGAACUGAAGACAAGAAAAAAGUGGUCCAAAUGGCAGCAGCUAGAAUACAAACUACAGAAGGAAACGACAUAAGGCCGGAGCAGGAGAGUGACAUCAUCAGCCAGGAGUCCUCAGUCCGGUGCUCAACGCCAAGGAAGAACGGCAGUGUGGUGAACUUUGAGUCGCCCAAAGGCAGGAGAAUACAAACCAUCUCCCAGUCCGUAGCACAGCCUGAAGUAGCCAAGCCAGUCAGCCCACCGCCGGCAAAUGCUCCUCCUGCGGCCCCAGCACCUAUAGCGGCUCCCUUGCCCGUAGCAUCCCCAGUGCCUAUAGCUCCGACACCCGUCACUCCAACGCCAUCACUGCCCAGUGUACCAAAGCCGAGAGCUGAACCCAUCGCCAACAGAUACCCAAGUGCUGCCCAUGGCAGUGCAAGCGACCUCUGCAAAGCCAAGACUUUCACCCCUGUGAAGUACAAGAAACGCCUAGAAGAUGUUCACUCAGAACCUCUGUUCAGGAAGAGCCUCCGACAAGCCAACCCCGAGGUUCGCGGCGCUGGCGGCACCCCUGCUUUUGUGGGCCGCCGGUCUCACACGGCCAGGUACUUCCUUGUCAACGAGCACGAACCCCGGAAAAAGCUCCUCCGCUCCACCACGCGGCUGCCAAGGAAUUUCCGAAUGGACGAGUCGGGGGACAUUGUGGAGCUGUAUCCGAGAAACAUCCGGAGGUACAUGGUUCGGACGCCACACAGGGCCUACUCCCCUCAUUUCAGCGAAGAGGAGGAAGAAGAGGAGUUGAGGAGAGCUCUGGCCAAUAGAUCCCACCGCCCACGGUCGCUCUCCGAUCUCCGAGCAGCCCCCCGCUUCUACAUUGGGGAGUGUGCUGACAGCCAGAUCCUUAGUAGCAAGGCGCUGGCGAAGAUGCACUACAAAUCUUGGGAAGAUGGCUUCGGGCUCACGUUUGGCAGGCCCCCUCACGCCCACCGGAAGAUUCACCUGAAGAACAUUGAGCUGGACCCGCGCUACCCGGAGCAGCACCCGAAGGCGAAAUCCAAACACAAGCCCGAGCCGUCCCCGACAGAGUCUGACUCCAUCUCUGUCGAGUCGAGCAGUGACCAGCCAACUAGCGGCAACGACCAGUACAUCCAAGUCAUCCACAGCAAAGACAAGUACCUGAAACCUGGAGCGACGUUAACCAGGAAGAAAUCCAAGACUGGUGCCGACUUGAACAUGGCCGAGGCUAAUGAACUGAUAUGCUCAAAUGUUUAGUGGGGAAGGACGAGGCUGCUUCAUUUGAGAGCAGAGGUUCCUCAACUUAUUUGGCCUACAACACCCCCGCCCUUUCAGAAAAGAAAAUGCAG